AUGGGACAUACUGGUACGCUGGACUUCCUCGGAAACUCGCCGGCCCUCCGGCAGGUCGAGCUCUUCCAUGGCUACAGAUACCAGGCGAAUUAUGCGCGCGACUUCCGGUUUCCCGCACUUCCGGCUCUGACUUGGCUUACCCUCGAAUUUCGCGGGAUCAUCAGUACGGACGCGAUACUCCAGCUGCUGCAUGCAUGCCGCGACAGCCUGCAGCACCUCUCGCUGGCUCUGUACUUCUCCCAAGAUGCCUAUACCACCGGCCCCGUUGCACUCUCUGCACUGUCGGAAUUGUUUGUCGACCGUGGUGCACAUACAGUGCUUGCCUAUCUCAGUGCACCUGAGCUGGAGACCCUCAGGUGCAUGAGCAAGAUGCAGAUGCACGGCGCCGUCACGACAAUGGAUCUGUAUAUAGACCCAUUCCCGCUCCUGCGCUCAUUCAUAUCGCGCAUGCCUCGCCCACGGAAACUCGAAGAAUUACAUAUCGGCCCCAUCAUGCGCAGUGCAAACACCUUCGCGAGCUUCUUGGACGCCCUUGAUGAUGUGGAAGAGCUCUCUAUCGCGGAGGGGAUGCGCGCUGGGUUCAUGUCGGAGGACGCGCUCAUUUGGCUGACAUGCGCGGAUAACACCGCCAUCAAGUCACAGGGCUUACGCGAGCAGAUGGAGGCGCUCCUGGAGCGGUUGGCAAGUCUGGGCUUGCAGCGACCCGGUUUCAUCCCAACACGUGCGCAGAGACAAGAGCUCAAGCGCAUCUCGGAGGAACUAUCAUCAGAUCUUGCUGCUACGGACCAGGACGCACGGGAGCCCUCCAACCUUCACGAAGCAGUGUCCGACGCGCUCGAGGCCAUUCGCUCCACUACGGCGCCCAUACUCCUCCUUCCGCCAGAACUGCUUGCCGACAUUUUCGACCACUUCGUUUGGUGCCAUAAUCGGCGAUACCGCGCGGGGAGGGCUGAGUACCUCUUGGACGUGUGCACUCUUUGGCGGGCAGUCGCUCUCGGAACGCCGCACUUCUGGAACAAUAUUUGCACUGAUUGGGGCACGCGAGGUGCAUGAGCUACGCGAGGCAGGCAUCGCUCUCCGAUGGUCUGCCACUAUAUCUGUGGCAUGAGAGGGCC